CCAUGGGUACAUCUGAAGAUUCGGAAAUGAAAUUUACUCAGAAAAUGUUAAUUUAUCGAAUGGUCGAGAAUAAUGUGACACACCUUUGUUUUCAAGCUUCUUCGUCGGUAUUGAUCGAGUAAUAAGUUCCUUGUAAAAUUGUGCAUCUUUUGAUGAUACUUUAAAUGUUCUAGGUUAAAGUUUCAAAUGAAAAUGGAAGACUAGAAAGCUGGAUAUAAGAAAUUUUGGAUGCAUCUUGAUGAUACUCAAAGUUUUCAUAUUUUUAUCGAGAAAAUAAGAUGGUCUUCUAUUUCUAUUCUAAGGCGGUUUUGUAGGAAAUUAAAUUCUCCAACAAAUAAGCUUAAGCGCACAUUCUUAGUCGAUGAAUAUCUACGAAGAAACCUAAAAACAAAAGUGUGUCAUUAUCUCUCGACCAUCUGAUAAUGACACCAAGUAUAUGAUCCAAAAGUUUGAAAUAAAAUGUGACUUUCUUGACACGUUUUUUAUGACGUGUUCUUGAGUGCUGACUGGCUUAAAAGGUCGAAAGCUAUGUUUAUAACUGAUAGUCUAUUAUUAAUUUGAGAUCUAUAACUGAUAAGCAUUAAGUUGAUAUAAAAUUUAUUCCCUUGCGUACGUACAGGUCGAAGGAUAUAAUAAACAAAAACUGCUCUUUUUGAAUACCAUCAGAAAAGAAAGGACUAGUUUAUUUUAUUGGAUAUGUUGCUUAUUGAGAAAAGAACUAAAGUAGAUUAGAUUCAGCUUAUUUGUUUUACUGUGAAAAUAUUACAAUCGUUAAAUUCAUUUGUUUUUGUACAUUUAGGUACUCGACGCUUGUUGUGCGGUACAGUUGGUGCUUUUUAAUCCUUGGAUUUGUUAUAUGUAUUGUUUUGGGAUUAGCAUCGAUUAUCAAUCGUGAUUUACCCGAUUUCAAUGAUCCAACUAAAGGCUUUGUUCCCCGAGGGAAACAUACUCUUACUAGUCGAUUGUUUGUAUUGGAACGAUUACAUAAAGAAUUGCAAGGACAAAUGUCCAAGUCAAAUAGUGAGACAGUUGAAACUUCAACAAUACGUCCUAUACCUCCAUAUGAUGAUGAUGAUUACGAUGAUGUUGUGGAGGAAAACGAUGGUACAAAAUUAAUAGAAAAUUUAAAAAAUGAUUUAGUAAAUAAUCGACAAGGAUGUGCUUAUACGACUAUCAGUGGGCAAAAGUUGUCGUCAUGUUUGUCAAACGAACAAGUUUUUAGUUUAUUGAAAGAUGAAAUCGAUUUAUUUACGCUCUCAAGACCAAUUCAGCAAAAGUUGUUUAAUUCACAUCAGAUGUGUACAUCAAUAAAUCUAAAUCGUCAUUAUGAAGUUUAUUUUGAAUCAACAAAUGAAUCUGAUCGUAAUCUUCUCACAUUACCAUCGUUACAAUCAUUAUGUAAAAAGCAAAAUGAAUUACUUGAUAUAUUUCGACUCCAUUCAACGUGUCAUUAUACAUUACCACAAAUGAUCGCUUACUUUAAUGAUAAAUCUGAUUGUGAAGAUUUAACAGACAAUGAUAUUGAAACAUUUCUUAAUCGACUUCAACGUUGUAAGCAAUUACACGAUUUGGGAAUUCUUCGAGAAGUCGGUUUAAAACGUUAUAAAAAUAAACCAUUAGAACUAUUUGAUUAUGAUUCAUGUUUUCGUUAUAAUUAUACAUUUAUUUCAUUAGAAUAUUUGUUAGAUAAAACAUUUUAUAGAUCAAAUACAACAAAAUAUACUGCCAUGUGGUUUAUUAAGCCGACCGCUACAGCAUCAGUUUCCUCAUCAGUGAUGGCUCCUUUUCAGAUAAACACGACAGUCAUUGAAACACCUAUGCAUACGACUAAUUUUGCGUAUAAUUUAUUUUUGAAAUAUUUCUAUCGUAAUACAAGAUUUGAUGAUGAAUAUACACGUCUUUCUGGACUUAAUUUUCUCGACAUACGAAUACCAACGGCAAUGAAGCAGAUACGAGUGGACAUGUUUUUUGUUAUAUUAGCAAUUACAUUGAUUAUAGCGGUCACAAUAUUGUAUUUACGAUCGAUAACAGUCGCCUUAAUGGCAAAUAUAUGUGUACUAUUUAGUUUUGCGUGUGCUUAUUUUUCCUAUAAAAUUGUAUUAGGUAUUGAUAUAUUUCCUUACAUCAAUUUAAUGGCAACAUUUAUUUUGAUUGGUAUCAGUUGUGACAAUGUAUUUGUUAUAUUUGAUGCGUGGUAUUCAGAAAAAUUAGAUGUUUAUAAUGAGGCAAGAUUAAAUAAUCGUACAAUUGAUUUUUAUGGUAAAUUAACAAAAAAGCAAGAACUACAGUAUCGUCGUGAUCGAGAAAAUAUUUAUUACUCUUUAAAAAAUAAAAUGCGUGAAAAUACUAAUGGGAAUACCAAGGAUACAACAAAUGAGAUGAUAAAUAAUGGUGAUGAUCAUGACGAUCACAUUGAAAAUAAUGCACUAAUACGGAUGAUGAAAGUUAACGACGAACAAAUGAUUAUAAUGAUGGGUGGCGUAUUAAGACACGCAGCGGCAUCCGUAUUUGUGACAAGUUUUACAACAAGUGCCGCUUUUUUUACGAACUUGAUUACACGUAUUGCUUAUGUACAAUUGUUUGGAUUAUUUAUGGGCUUUUGUAUUCUGUUUAACUUUCUUAUGAACAUUACAAUGAUUGUUGCAUUUGUUAUUAUCUAUGAAAAAUUAUGUGAACCAUUAUCAGCUCGUUUAAAUUUUUCAAAAUUUACAAAUAUUGUCGAUGCAUUUAUGUUACAUUUGACACGUUUGAAUCAUAAAUUAUUUACUGUUUAUAUACCGAAAUUAAUCAUUAAAUUACGAUUUUUAUUCAUGCUUUUCUUUCUUACCUGUGGUAUUAUUGGUUUGAUUAUUGUUUUUUAUAAACCAAAAUUAUCCCCACCAAAAUCACGACGAUAUCAAUUUUUUGAUAUUGAACAUCCAAUGGAAAAAUUUGAAUAUCAUAUGCGUGAUCAAUUUUUAAGUUAUAUCAAUGAAGAUAAAGAAAAUAUUACAAACCCACCGUUACUAUUUAUAUGGGGUGUUGAUGACACAGAUACAACACAUCCAUUUUAUCCUGAUGAUACUAAAUCAAAAAAGCAACAUCAAUUAGUGUACAAUAAUAAAAUUGAUUUGUAUGAUCGAAAUGUAUUAAAAUGGUUUGAUCAUUUUCUUAAAGAAUUAAAUCAAAGUGAUUUAUUUGUUAAUGUAGAAGAAACAUAUUCUGACUGGCUUUCGCUAGGUCGAUUAAUACAUGGUUUCAUUAAUUCAAAUAUAAGUGAAUUAUCAAUUAAAAGUGAUUCAGAAGACUUUUUUAUUCCACCGACACGAAAUCAAACAGUAUUAGCCAUAGAACGAUUGAUUACUUUUAUUAAAGCAAGUUCAACGAUUAAACAAAACUUUCGUAUUGGAUUUUUACCUGAUCAAAUGAAAAAAAUCAAAGCGUUUAUAUUCAUUGUUAACAUGAAUUGUACAUUUAGUAAUUAUUCGACACAAGACAUAUAUUACAGAAAACUGAAUGAUUAUUUUCAACAACUAUUAGAAAAUAUCAAAUUGAGUAGUCCAUCGUCAAAGGAGGAUAUAUCUAGUUUGGAAUUAUAUGAGAUGUUAAAACAUGGUUGGUUUGUAUCACCCCAAUUUUUAUUUUAUGAUUUAAUGCGUGAAGUUAUACGUGGAACAUACACAUCACUCAUAUUUUCAAUGUUAUUUGCUUUGGUUGUGUUAUUAUUGACAUCUGGCAAUCUUCUAAUAACAUUAUAUGCAAUGAUAACAAUUAUCUUUAUUAUAAGCAAUACGGUGGCCGUAUUUGUUUUAAUCGGAUGGGAAUUAAAUAUUUUAGAGACAAUAAUUAUCAUCAUGAGUGUUGGUCUCAGUGUUGAUUUCACGGUUCAUUACGGAGUAGCUUACAUUAAAGCUGAUUGGAAAAAGAAUCAUGUUAAAUUGAAAUCCGUUAAAUUAGUUGACAUGAAAAAAGGUGAAGUGGGCACAAUCAAAGCGUCUGACAUGCAGAUGAAAGCAAACGGUGAUCAAACUUUACAACUUUUACCAAAUGAGAAUAACAAAAUUAAUCAUCAUGUUAAAAUUGUUCCGGAUAAUAAAAAGAUUUCAAAAUUUCAACGUUUCUAUCGAUGGCAUCAUAAUGGAAAUGAACAACGUUUUCGUCGAGUUAAAAAAAGUUUAACAAGAGUUGGUUCAGCCGUGUUUAUGGCAGGUUUUACAUCAUUCUUAGCUGGUGUUAGUAUGGCUCCAUCGAAAUUGACAGCUUUCUCACAAAUGGGCUUUUUUCUAAUGUUAAUUAUGUUCACUAGUUGGUUGUAUGCGACAUGGUUUUUUCUACCAUUAUGCAGUUUUCUUGGUCCAAUUGAUAAAUUUGGAGAUAUCCCAUUUGGAAAAUUGUGUCGAUGUUGGAAACCUCCAAAAGACGAUGAAAGACAUGGUGAUGAUGAACGAAAAGCGCACGGAGACGGAGAAAAUAAUACGGAUAGAACGUUUUUAUCCAAUAAUAAUAAUAAUAAUAAUAAUCAAACGAACGAUACAACCGUAUUGAGAAACUUGCUUGAGAAAUCCACAGAGGGUAAUCUAUGA